AUGAGUGGAGUAUUCGAAAGCUGUCUGGAUUUGACUUCCCAAGGUGAUAUGGAGGGCUUGCUGGAGUGUAUCUCCAAUACUCUGGAGUCGAGCCAGACGCUGACAACGAAGAAUAUGAAUAGCUAUUUGUUGGUACUGAGUGGGGCACUAGUCUUCUUCAUGCAAGCAGGAUUUGCCAUGCUUUGUGCUGGAUCUGUCCGAAGAAAGAAUACACAGAACACAAUGCUCAAAAAUUUGCUAGAUGCUUGUGGGGCGGCUGUGGCAUUCUUCUUUGUCGGCUAUGCCUUCGCCUUUGGGGGAGAUCGAGUAUCUGGUGGAGGUCCAAGUGACCCAAAUCGCACGGGGUCCACAUUCCUAGGAGCGGAGCAAUUUGUGGGGACUGGUGACAUUGAUCUUCCUUUCUACUUCUUUCAAUAUACAUUCACAGCCGCAUCUGUCACAAUUGUUGCUGGCACUCUAGCGGAGCGUUGUCAAAUGGCAGCGUACCUGUGCUACUCCUUCUUCCUCACUGGCUUCAUCUACCCAGUGGUCGCUCAUGCAGGCUGGUCCAACUACGGCUUCCUCUCGCCUGCAAACUCCAACCCUCUGCUGGGUAUUGGCAUGAUUGACUUUUCGGGAUCGGGGAUUGUGCACCUCACAGGUGGGACUACAGCACUCUAUGCAACAUAUAUCUUGGGUUCAAGACGUGGCCGCUUCUAUGAUGCCACAACUGGAAGGCCCCUUGAUGUCCCCAAGCCCUUCCCUGGUCACUCAGUUUCUCUGCAGAUGCUUGGCAGUUUCAUCCUCUGGUUUGGGUGGUUUGGUUUCAACCCAGGAACCGCCCUGCUGUUGGUAGACAACCCCUAUCAAGCUGAAAUUGGGGCCCUCUGUGCUGUCAAUACAUUUUUGGCCUCUUCUGCUGGCUGUAUAUCAGCUCUGGUCAUCAAGAUGUUCCUGCGACAUCGACAAACUGGAGAGUUUUCCUUUGACCUAGUCGCAGCGAUGAACGGUGCUCUGACUGGUCUCGUUUCGAUCACCGCUGGUUGUGCCACGGUGGAGCCUUGGGCAGCCAUCAUCGUUGGACUGGUUGGAGGAGCAUUGUAUCUAGGGGCCUCAGAUCUGUUGAUCAAGUGCAAAAUUGAUGACGCCGUCGAUGCAGUCCCAGUGCAUGGAGUUGGAGGGAUCUGGGGUCUUUUGAGUGUUGGUUUGCUUUCAGCACCUGAACGUGUACGACAGGCGUAUGGAACAAAUGAACACCCUGGAUUUUUCUAUUCACUCUCAGAGGGACACAGUGAUGCCAGCUUGCUGGGUUGCCAAGUGCUAGGCACGCUGUUCAUCUGUGGCUGGACCCUCGUCACAAUGCUGCCUUUCUUUCUAUGGCUCAAUUUUAUGGGAUGGUUUAGAUGCGAAUCAGUGCAGGAGUUGGUUGGUUUGGAUAUUGCUUAUAACCUGGGCGCGAGCCACCAUGGUGACGCAUUCAAAGGGGAGGACGAAGAUGUCAAGGAAGAGUAUUUGGAUGCUUAUGAGCGUUACAGACAAACCAUGCGGGAUGGCCGCGCUGAGCCCAAGCCUGACGCCGGGACGGACAGCGAUAGUUAG